CUUCCUGAAUGUGCGAAUUAGAUUUCCUUAAUGUACAAGUGUGUUUUAAAUCAAAUGUUAUACUAAUAGAAGUGUGUUAGUGUAUGCACAUGAUCUUAUGACUUUGUAUAGUGCACAUAAUGAUAUGUAUAACUACACCGAAUGAAGGGAUUUAUUGCAAAAUAUUGUUUUCGAUCCAUUCAUUGAUCUCCAUACAUGUCUGAGGAAUGAUGGCAACUACAUUGUUUGCCAUUGUAAAUACAACGGUAACGUUAUUGUGCCAGACUGAGAUACACAAGCCACAUUAGAGGGGACCACCCCUCGAUGACAAUGGACUUCCUACUGUGUACAACUACGAGGGAUCUGAUAUUAGAGCAGACUUCCCAAAGUUACAUUUUGCCAGUAAUAACAGGGACCUUGUUAUAACUGGUGUUCAAGUUAUCGAUAGCGGAACGUAUACGUGUUUGAAUACAGGACAAAACCUUAUUGUCCGUGGCGAUAUAACGGAGGACUUUGGAAUCCACUCUUUGGUUAUAAUAAACUUCACAUACCAAUCGGCCGGUUGCAUUUCGCUAUGCUGCAGGACGAGGAAUCCGGUAUAACUUUCGCCGAGACCAUUGACUGGUCAAAGGAUAUAUAGAGGUUCCAUUUAUCGUUACACAGUCGCAUAGAGAGCUUUCAAGACAUUUGUCGCGGUUAAUGAUUUGCCUGUUCCACCAGCUCUUCCGAAUGUAUACAAUUCGACCAGCGUCUCCCAGGGCGAGCUUACAGUAAGUGGAACAGAAGGCACACAACUAACGCUAACUUGCCUGUCUGCAGGCGGCCACCCACAGCAGACGGUUAACUGGUACCGUGGAAGUGUCACUUCCACACCCCUGCAAGCAGGUCCUCCCAACGUGGUGUCCGGAGAUCUCUUCAAUGUCACGAGGUCCUGUUCGUUCACACCUACCAGCUCUGAUGAUGGUGUGAUGUAUAUUUGUCAGUCAUCAUACAGCGGGGAGCCACAUCUCUUUAGAAUUACUGAAGUGAAACUGUUUCUUAAACUCCAACCCAUUACCCCGCUUGUGACCGUUUCGGAAACUGUUGUGGAAAGCUCCAGCUCCAUACAAAUUGCCCAAUGUAUUUCUUCUGGUUUUCGGCCUAAGACAGUGAUUCUCAGCUGGAGUCUAGGUGGAGAGACGGCAACAUCAGUCAGCAAACCGACAGUAGUGGAGAACACAACAUCCAAUACUUUCUCCGUGUCCGAAACCUACACACAGGUAGUAGAUAGGGCGGACAAUAGGAAAACACUAACUUGCUCAAUAAACCACGAGACACUGUCCUCACCGCGUACGGCUUCUGUCACACUCAAUGUCCAAUUUCCUCCAUCGACAGCUACGCUAACAGGAUAUUUUACAGCCGUGGCUGAUGGCUCAAGUAAAACUUUUACUUGCGAAUCUGGUACCUCAAAUCCUUUUGCUGCCAUUACAUGGCUCCAUUACAAUGUCAUUGUUACUGCUGGAACGGGAACACCAACGAACAUAUUUGGAAGUUACUACGGUCAUGUGACGACACAGACGCUGACAAUUACGCCGACCAGAGACGACGAUGCUGACGUGUAUUCAUGCAGUGCAAGAAACGCUGUAAGCAGUACACCAGCAAACAGUCAGCAAAAAUCUUUAAAUCUUGCAUAUGCCCCUGUAGUGAAGAUCUUACCAAGAACUGUGACUGAAACUCAGCCAGGACUUCUGCAAUGUGUUGUAUCAAGCAAACCAUCUGCUACAAUAACAUGGUAUCAAAUAAAUGACGGACGGACGUUUCUUCUGGAGGGGACUGGUAACAAAAGUCUGGAUUAUGGCAUUAGAGCCGUCAGCAGAGAUGAUGCCGGGACGUAUAUGUGUAACGCCAAUAACGGAAUAGGAGGGGAUAAUUUCAAUAGCGUCCAGCUAGUUGUCCAAUUCAAACCCGACGUAACAGUCUUUGCACAUAACGCCACAGAGAAAUUAUCUACAACACUCCGGUGUGGUCCACUUGGUGUGCCUGACUCUUACACCUAUGUCUCCUGGGAUCACACGUGGCCGGGAUCAAGUGAUGUUCUCAGGUCAUUUCCAGGAUCCCCAGUUCUGUUAUUAAGUGACCUAAGGUACGAGCACUCCGGGAUAUAUACAUGCAGGGUGGACAACGGUAUAGACUUUAGCAGAAACCCCGAUGCUGGACGGGGACAAGUAUUUUUUGUCGUAAAAUCUCGUCCUUUUAUUGCAACAACUCACCAGACUGUUUAAAAGGCAGCGCAGCUUGGUAAAGUGGCGACCAUGCAGGUGGAAUUUGUUUCAAACACUAUUGGGACAAGAGUCAGUGUUGAAAAAAAGGGAAAUGACACAGUGGCUCCAUCUAUUCUGUUCAACACGACGAUGAUGUCGACAAAUACAUUCGUAAUAGUGUUUAACAAAACAUUGCCUACUGAAGGAUUUCUUUGCAAGAUAAAUAUAACGGUUUUAAAUCAAGACGACUUCGGAUUGUAUGACAUCGUGAUUGAAAAUGAUGUAGGGAUAGAGAGGAGAGCCGUUAAUCUGGUUCCGAAAGUUGAGUAUUUUAAGUAACGUCGUAGACGUUAGAUAGUAGGAAAGUGGGAUAGCUAUAACAUCACACUAAGUUGUUUGAUCCCGUUCGCUUAAGUAAAUUCCUAUAUGAUAGUCCAUAAGCGGACUCAGGGCUGGGUUAAGGCAAACACUAAAAUUUAAAACAUUGUUUAAGUUCAAUAUGCAGCAAUCUUGAAACUGUACACAUGCAUCCUUUAAUACAUAUUUGAGUGUCUUUGGAAUUAAUGUUUAAUAUCAUUUAUUAAAAAAGAAAUAAUAUUAGGUCAGAAAAAAAUUCUAUGUAAGUUAAUAUCACGGAUGAUGCGUGCUAACGCAG